UUGAAGGAGGAACCGAGAACGUGGGGGGGGGUUCAGAUCCACAAGAGAAGCUUUGAACUGUCAUAAAAGGCACCAUCUUUGAAUCUGGCAACUUCCUGAUGUUUUGAUUUCGAUCACAUACCGUGCACAUCCUGUCGAUCGUUUGUAGGGUUUUGUUUUUGUGUGUGUUGUGGUUGCUGUUUUUUAACAGUCCUCCGACCAGCGAUGGACCCGAUGGACUUCCUGGAGUCCAAGGAGCUGCUGCAGUUCUUCCACUGUCACAAAACAGAGAUGUCCUGCAUGGAGAACCCGCACACGUUCCUCAGGCAGCUCCGCGACCACAACCUGAUCCCGGAGGACAGGUACGAGAAGGUGAGUCGCAUGAAGAGUAAAGAGAACUUGAAGAAAGGACUUUAUGGUGUUCUGGACUGGUUGGAGAGAGAGCGAUCGCAGCACAUCCACCUGUUCUGGAGAUGUGCCCUCAAGGAGACCAUGAUGAGCCUCUAUCCAGCCCUGCGCCUGCUGCGCAAUAGACUCAUGGACGGGUCUUUCCAAUUUGACACACAACUGCCUGAGAAGGUGGAAAAAGACAAAGAGAAGGAAAAAAGUAAAAGGAAGGAGCCUUCCGUAGAUGAGGAGGAAGAGGAGGAGCAGGUGAGCUCAGUGAAAAAGAAGAGAAAACAGAGGAGGAGUGUGUGUGACAACGAGGAGGAGCAGCAGCCCGGUCCAUCAUCUCAGUUGACUCAAGGUCGGAGGAAAAAGGCCGGCAAAAUAUUAUUCUAUUCUCCCUUGAAGAAGGGAGAGAAGAGUGACCUUUGGAACUGGCCCAUUUAUAGGUUUCAGCUGCCUGUGACCUGCGGUAGCCAGGAGGGGACCCUGUGCAGAGAGAAACUGGCCAAAGGGGAGAAGUGCAUUCUGUCCCAGAAACAGUGGUUUACUCCCAGUGAGUUUGAGAGGUUCGCAGGGAAGCAAAGCUCAAAGAACUGGAAGUUGAGCAUUCAGUGUCAGGGUACCCCGGUGGGAAAACUUAUAAAGGAAGGGCACCUGAAAUUAGCAAGCUACAAAGGACGGCAUGAAAGAAAACCAAGACAGGCCAAGAGAUCCCUGUUCCCAUCGGGUCAUGAUCCAACAGUGUCUGAGGGAGACGAAGAAGAUGGUGGUGGUGAUGACGAUGAUGAUGAUGAUGAUGAGGAUGUGGAAAACCAGGGGGACCAGGUUUCUUCUAGCGACAAAGAGAAUACCACAGCAGAUGAAGAGAGCGGGGAACAGUCGGAGCAGGAGCCAGAAGCGAAUCAAGUCUUCAAGGUUACAUGUGGCAACAUAGCUGGGACCUUACACAAAAAACGAUUUGGAUCAGGGACUUGUGGAAAGUGUAUUCGCACGGAGACAAGCUGGUUGAACCCCGUGGAGUUUAUGAUUAUGGCAUCAGUUCAGACAGACGCCACCUGGAGGAACGACAUCAUGUGUGAAGGACGACCACUCAGUGCUCUCAUAGAGGCAAACGUCUUGAGGAUCCACUCACUGCUGUGUAAGUGCAGACUGUGCAAGCCAGAUAUUACAGAUCUGGAGGAUGAUAAAAAUGAUGACGAGUGUUGCGUCUGCAAAGAGGGAGUAGCAGUCCUAGUGGAGUGUGAAAACUGCCCUCGCUCCUUCCACCAGAAGUGUCACCUGCCGCAUGUAGACGACGCCAUUCUGGGGGACGACAGACCAUGGUUGUGUACCUUCUGCGUUACCAAUCAAGAGUGGCGUUGCUGUGUCGCGUUGGAAAUGGAAGCAGCCCUGUCCCGCCACAUCUCAGGACACAUGCUGGAAUGUCAUUAUCUCCUCCUGUGUCUGUACAGUGCUGAUGAGAAACAAAUAUUCGCAUUAAACCCGAGCCUCUACUUGGAAAAUUACUCCACUGCAGUCGAGACGCCGAUGUGGCUGGGCAAUGUAGCAGGCAAACUCCAGAAGAAAGAAUACCAAACGGUUGGAGAUUUUGUGUCAGACGUCCAACUCAUAUUCAGCAACUGUGCCUCGUACAACCGAGCCAAUCCCGAACUCCUUGCCAUGGGCGACAGACUGAACAAGUUAUUUAACAAAGAAUUUAAAAAAGUGUUCAACAUCAGUGAACAGAGUGCUGACUGAAAAACUGUGUUCAGUUUUCAAACUCAGUAGCUAUAGGCGAAAAUACUUACAAGUUGCCAGUGAUCAUGUUAUGUUGGGUUUUGUGACUUGUCCCUCGUAUUAAUAAAAAUAACUUGGGGGUCUUUUACAUGUAUUAAGUCUAAAAUUAUCCAACUUGCCUGGCAAGCCCAUUCAUUUUGUAAUAAUUAACAUAUAAAGUACACACUUUGAAAGUGAAA